AAUUAAAGCAAAUAGAUCAUGCCCCCGUGUAUGUAUAUAGUAAGACUAGAACAGCCCUUUACUUCAGGUAGGGAACUACUCACCGUCUCUCUCUCUCUCCCCCCUCUCUCUCUCCGAUCUGCUUUGCCGCUAUUUCUCUUUCUCAACAAAAUGGGCGCAGAUAUGAAAAUCACAGAGAAAGACAUAGAUGAUCUUCCAAAGAACCCCGCAAACUACACGGCCUUAACUCCCCUCGGAUUUCUCGAAAGAGCAGCUCUAGUUCAUCCUCACCGUCCAUCUCUCAUCCAUGGCUCCUUGCGCUACACGUGGCACGACACUUACGCACGUUGUCGCCGCUUGGCUUCUGCUCUUCUCAGCCGCUCCGUCGGCGCCGGCAGUACGGUAGCAGUGAUUGCACCAAAUGUCCCAGCCUUAUACGAAGCUCAUUUUGGUGUUCCAAUGGCCGGGGCAGUUAUAAAUGCUAUAAACAUUCGUCUAAAUGCUUCAACUAUUUCAUUUCUCUUAGGGCAUUCAUCUUCUGCAGUUAUAAUGGUGGACCAAGAGUUCUUUAUGCUGGCAGACGAAGCUUUACAAAUUUUGGCAAAGGAAAGUAAAAGCAACUAUAAUCCUCCGAUUAUGAUUGUCAUUGCUGAUGAAAGCUGUGAUCCAAAGGUACUGCAAUAUGCUUUAGGAAGAGGGGCAAUUGAAUACGAGAAAUUUCUAGAAAGUGGUGAUCCAGAAUAUCCCUGGAAGCCACCGCAGGACGAGUGGCAUAGCAUUGCCCUUGGUUACACUUCUGGUACAACAGCCAGCCCCAAAGGGGUAGUUUUGCAUCAUCGAGGGGCAUAUCUCAUGGCUUUAAGUAAUGCAGUUAUAUGGGGGAUGAAUGAAGGAGCCAUAUACCUGUGGACUUUACCCAUGUUCCAUUGCAAUGGUUGGUGUUUUACUUGGGCACUUGCUGCUCUUUGUGGGACAAGUAUAUGCCUCCGACAGGUGACAGCAAAGGCUGUUUAUUCUGCAAUUGCCAAUCACGGUGUAACCCAUUUCUGUGCUGCUCCUGUGGUGCUCAAUACUAUAGUAAAUGCCCCACAAAACGAGACAAUACUUCCCCUCCCUCACAUUGUAAAUGUAAUGACUGCUGGUGCUUCUCCACCCGCUUCUGUUCUAAUGGCAAUGACCCGACAUGGCUUUCGUGUCACACACACUUACGGUCUCUCUGAAACAUAUGGGCCAUCCACAGUAUGUGCAUGGAAACCUGAAUGGGACACACUACCCCCAGAAAACCAAGCUCGAUUAAAUGCAAGGCAGGGUGUACGAUACGUUGCGUUGGAGGGUUUAGAAGUUGUCAACACACAGGACAUGAAACCUGUCCCAGCAGAUGGAACCACAAUUGGUGAGAUAGUAUUUCGAGGUAACAUUGUAAUGAAGGGUUACCUGAGGAAUCCUAAAGCAAAUGCAGAGGCUUUUGCCAAUGGUUGGUAUCACUCAGGUGAUCUUGCUGUGAAGCAUCCAGACGGGUAUAUAGAAAUUAAAGAUAGAUCAAAGGAUAUCAUCAUAUCAGGAGGUGAAAAUAUCAGUAGCGUGGAGGUUGAAAAUUUUCUAUACCAGCACCCCGCAAUUCUGGAGGCUGCAGUGGUGGCCAGGUCAGACGAACAAUGGGGAGAAUCUCCCUGUGCAUUUGUGAACUUAAAGGAAAAUAUUGAAAAAUCCGAUGAACAAAGAAUGGCAGAAGAUAUUAUGAAGUUCUGUCGGGCUACAUUGCCUAGAUACUGGGUUCCAAAAUCAGUUGUUUUCGGGCCAUUGCCAAAGACUGCUACCGGUAAAGUACAGAAGCACCUGCUGCGGGACAAGGCAAAGGCAAUGGGACCAUUGAUGAAGAGUAAGUUAUGAGCAUGACCGUAACGGUAAUACUAAUCAUCUCUUGGUUCCUACUUGUCAAAACUAUUGGUGGUUGUUAUACUUGUAUAAACUGGCUAAGCCUUUUUCUCCUCGUGCGUACAUGCAUCAGCAGAAAAUUGGUUGAUUAAGUCAGAGUAGCUAUGAAGUUGCUGCAAGUCUGUAAUGUAUGCACUGGGAUGGGCUUUAAGAGUGAAGACAAAUAAAGCAUAUAUCUUCAUUAGCUAGUAGCUAGUGAUCUGUUCAUUCUA